AAAAGGCGAAACAUAACUGGUACAGAUACUGCUGUGCUGCACAGAGAGAGAAACCUGAUUCAUCUCUUUCGCUUUCCAUCGCCAUUUUCCACACAAACCUACACUAGAAGAGAGAGAGAGAGAGGGAGGGAGAACAAAACAAAACCCCACUUCUUUCCUUUUCAUUUUGAAUUUUCCAUCCAAUAAUAUAAUCACCCAAUACCUUAUUUACUUUUUUCCUUUUUGUUCUUCAAAUCACAACAACGCUCCCCCCCUUCUUCUUCUUCUUCAUCUUCUACUUGGCUUCUUCUUCUUCUAAUUGUUUAUUUAAUCCUCCAUUCAAUUCUAACCGUUGAGGGGCCCCAUUCAUUUAUCUCAUAUUUCCCCAUCUCUGAACUUUUCCUUUCCCACUCUCCACUUUCUCUGCUGGCGGUUGCGUUCUUCAUCUUUUUCAGCUUCACGUUUUUUCAUUACCACAUUGGAUUCAUACCCUUAAUCCAAUCACAAUUCCACAACCCCACUAUUUAUUUUUCUCUCUCUCCUCCUUUUUUGGGUCUCUUCUUCUUCUUCUUCUUCUUCUUCUUCUUCUUCUUCUUCUUCUUCUUUUUGCUCUGUUUCACUCUUACCCUCCUCUUUUCUCUGUUUUUCCUGAUUUGGGUUUGUUUCUGUUCUUCUCAUAUUGCUCUAUUUCCAUUGAAGAUUGAGAGAGAAUUUCAAUUCUCUUCCCUUUUCUUCUUUCGUCUACCUAACUUUAUUCCUAGUGUUAAUUCUUAGCUUUUGCUCUAUUUUCUUUUUCUUAACUUUAUUGGAUUCUUUUCUCUCUCGAGAUCUCUACAGUCGUGGGGGGAAAAUAUUGCUGGAUCUUCGGUUUUACCAAGCUGCCAUCAAUACCAAAUUAGGGGAAGAGGGAAAAGCAGAGUUUUUUUUCCCUCUCUCGCUCCUUUUCUGUAAUCAUUCUAUUGAUAUCACUUUCGUUUGUCCAUAUCAUUUCUUUUGUUAUUCGAUUCGAUUUUUUCCCUUUUGUUGGUUUUGAGUGAGGUUGGAAAAUGGGAAGUUUAGGGUUCUUGAAGUGGGUUUUGUUGGUUGGGGUUUUAGGUUCUUGUGUUGAAGGUCUUGGUGUUAAUUGGGGAACCAUGGCCAAUCAUAGAUUACCCCCUAAGACUGUUGUGCAGAUGUUUAAGGAUAAUGGUAUUCAGAAAGUGAAGCUGUUUGAUGCAGAUCAAUCCUCCAUGGGUGCUCUGGCUGGGACUGGUAUUGAGGUCAUGGUUGCCAUUCCUAAUGAUCAACUUUCUGCCAUGGGAGACUACAAUCGAGCUAAGCAAUGGGUGCAGAGGAAUGUCACCCGUUACACAUUUGAUGGAGGAGUUACCAUCAAAUAUGUUGCUGUUGGCAAUGAACCAUUUCUCUCAUCCUAUAAUGGGUCAUUCUUGAACGUUACCUUUCCAGCUCUUCUAAACAUUCAAAACGCACUCAAUGAAGCAGGUCAUGGAGACUCCAUCAAGGCAACGGUGCCCUUAAAUGCUGAUGUUUACAACUCCCCAGUUAAUAGCCCGUACCCGUCUGCUGGUAGAUUUCGCAAUGAUAUUAAUCAACUCAUGACUGAUAUUGUCCAGUUUCUAAACAAGAACAAAGCACCUUUUACUGUAAACAUUUACCCUUUUCUUAGUCUUUAUGGCAACGAUAACUUCCCUUUCGACUAUGCUUUCUUUGAUGGUGCAAGUAAUCCUGUUGUUGACAUUGGAACUGGGAUUCAGUAUACCAAUGUAUUUGAUGCCAACUUCGACACGUUAGUUUCGUCGCUGAAGGCUGUUGGACUUGGGGACAUGCCCAUUCUAGUUGGUGAGGUUGGAUGGCCAACUGAUGGUGACAAGAAUGGCAAUGUUGGUAAUGCUUACAGAUUUUACAAUGGCCUUCUACCAAGGCUUGCAGCCAACAAGGGCACCCCACUGAGGCCUGGAUUCAUCGAAGUAUACUUGUUCAGUUUUCUGGAUGAAAAUGGCAAGAGUAUUGCUCCAGGAAAUUUCGAACGACAUUGGGGUAUUUUCGGAUAUGACGGUCAGCCAAAGUUUGGCAUGGAUCUUUCUGGUCAGGGCCAAAACAAAUUACUUGUGGGAGCACAAAAUGUUCAGUAUCUUCCUCAAAAGUGGUGUAUGUUCAAUCCAAAUGCAAAGGAUCUAAGUAAACUUGCUGAUAACAUAGAUUAUGCCUGCACUUUUUCUGAUUGCACUUCCCUUGGAUAUGGAUCUUCUUGCAAUAACUUGGAUGCUAAUGGGAACGCGUCCUAUGCAUUCAAUAUGUAUUUCCAGGUGCAAAAUCAGGAUGAAUUGGCAUGUAAUUUUCAAGGUUUAGCCACAGUAACCUCACAGAAUCUUUCUCAAGGUACCUGCAAUUUCAUCAUCCAGCUAGCUUCCUCGCCCCCGUCCCAUGCUGCUUCAUUUGUUAGUUUAGCUUCUAUGAUUUUGUUAUUCAUAGCACUGUUGCUAUAAUUUGCUUUUGUAGAUACUUUAUGAUGAUAAUGUCUCAUUUUAUUACUUUUUUACAUCAUUUUUUUCUGAUGUUGUAGGUUUACAUUAUAGUUACCGAUUAAUUGAUUGAUUCUAUUCAAUCACUAUUGUGGUUUUCAAA